AUGACUCCAACAGAAGAACCCAAAGGAGAUCAAGCUCUCAGUGAAAAAGACAGAGGCAACUUCUUGCUGCUUGUUAUUCUUUACUUGCUCCAGGGCAUCCCUGUGGGCCUUUCAUUCGGAUCCAUUCCCUUUCUACUCAAAUCACACAUGUCUUAUUCACAAAUCGCAGUUUUUUCUCUCUCAUCAUCAUGGCCAUACUCUCUAAAACUCAUCUGGUCUCCAAUCGUAGAUGCUGUUUACACUCCAAAGUUAGGCAGACGUAAAUCAUGGAUCAUUCCUAUUCAAACUCUCACAGGCAUUCUAUUCUUGUGGCUGGGAAGUCGCAUUGAUGCUAUUAUGAAUGCUGAACAUGUUCCCAUCUACUAUCUCACUUUCCUUUUCCUUACUACAAUCUUCUUUUGUGCAACACAAGAUAUUGCUGUUGAUGGUUGGGCUCUUACACUCCUCUCAAAGGAAAGUUUGUCGUAUGCAUCUACUGCCCAAACCAUUGGUCUCAACACAGGCUAUUUUUUGUCUUUUACUGUCUUUCUUGCCCUCAAUUCAGCCGAAUUCAGUAAUAAAUAUUUGCGUUCAGAGCCACUUGAUACAGGCUUAGUUCCUCUUGGAGCUUAUAUGAAGUUCUGGGGUAUUAUGUACUUUGUCGUUACUGCCUGGCUCGCCUUUGUUACCAAAGAGAAUGAUGUCCCAAGUGAAGACGACCAAAUGGGUGUACGCGGUGUCUAUGAAACAAUAAUCAAAAUUUGCAAACUGUCCAAUGUACGCUCGUUUAUUGCUGUUUUGUUGGUGUCCAAGAUUGGGUUUAUUUGUCAUGAGACAGUGACAGCUCUGAAGUUGCUCGAAAAAGGAUUUUCCAAGGAAGAUCUUGCCCUGGCCGUCUUGUUGGAUUUCCCUCUUCAAGUAUUAUUUGGCUACUACGCCGCCAAAUGGUCUAAUGGAUCUCGUCCGUUAAAACCUUGGCUUUAUGCCUUCUUUGGAAGACUCGUGUGUUCUGCUCUAGGAAUGCUUGUAGUGGCUGGUUAUCCUAAAGAUCAGGAAGUCGGCCCUAUAUACUUUGCUAUCAUCAUGUCGUCUACUGUACUUAGCUCAUUUAUGUCGACUGUUCAAUUUGUCAGCAUUUCGGCUUUUAUGACAAGUAUUGCUGACCCUGUAAUUGGUGGAACAUACAUGACACUUCUAAACACAUUUAGUAAUUUUGGCGGAACAUGGCCCAAAUUCUUCGUUCUUGAAGCUGUUGAUUACUUCACUGUUUCUACUUGCAGCGUUCCUGAUAGCCUUAAUCAAGUGCUUAUCGUGAAACUGUUUAUUUUAGAAUUUUCUUGUGGGUCAGAAGAUGGAAAGGCACAGUGCAAGGACUUGGGUGGUAGCUGUGAGAUUACACAGGACGGAUACUACUAUGCUGGAACCAUGUGUGUAAUUGUUGGUUUAAUCAUGCUGAUUGUCUAUGUAAGACCUGUAACAAAGCAAUUGGAGGUCCUUUCAAAGCGUAAAUGGCGUCUUGGCGAAAAAUAG